UCCUUCCUUUUCUUAAUCCCUCGCUGCUUAUUUUAGCCGCUUCUCUACCCCGCCGGGAAUACCAUCCAGAUCUUAGUCCAGGUAGAUCUGACGUCAAGAGAUGGCUUUCGUCGAUUUGACGUGUAAACACUCAUUUCCAUUCCGACUCGGAAGGGCUGGGGCUCCACUCAGCCGGGAGACCGAAGCGCUGCACUAAGCGCUCGUUGCUUUCCAGUCUCUCCUGCGCGUCUCUAUCUCGUCGCAGAGCAAGCGGGAGCGAGAAGUGGUCCAGAGCCCAAAGGAGGAAGGGGCUUUUCUAUAUUGCUCCUUGUUCCCCUCUCCUUCCCACUUGUGUGUGAGGCAGUGUAAGAGCCAUGGAGCGAAGAGCCUGGACUCUGCAGUGCACUGCUUUUGCUCUCUUUUGCUCUUGGUGUGCAUUGAACAGUGUAAAAGCGAAGAGGCAGUUUGUGAAUGAAUGGGCGGCAGAGAUCCCCGGCGGACCGGAGGCAGCCUCGGCAAUAGCCGAGGAGCUGGGCUAUGACCUCUUGGGUCAGAUUGGAUCACUUGAAAAUCACUACUUAUUCAAACAUAAAAACCAUCCUCGGAGGUCUCGAAGGAGUGCCUUUCAUAUCACUAAGAGAUUAUCUGAUGAUGAUCGUGUGAUAUGGGCUGAACAACAGUAUGAAAAAGAGAGAAGUAAACGUUCAGUUCCAAGAGACUCAGCACUAAAUCUCUUCAAUGAUCCAAUGUGGAAUCAGCAGUGGUACUUGCAAGAUACUAGGAUGACUGCAGCCCUGCCCAAGCUGGAUCUCCAUGUGAUACCUGUUUGGCAAAAAGGCAUCACAGGCAAAGGAGUUGUUAUCACUGUACUGGAUGAUGGCUUGGAAUGGAAUCACACAGAUAUCUAUGCCAAUUAUGUGAGUCUGAGUCCUCCUGAUCCAGAGGCUAGCUAUGAUUUUAAUGAUAAUGACCAUGAUCCAUUUCCCCGAUAUGAUCCCACAAAUGAGAACAAACAUGGGACCAGAUGUGCAGGAGAAAUUGCCAUGCAAGCAAAUAAUCACAAGUGUGGGGUCGGAGUCGCAUACAGCUCCAAAGUUGGAGGCAUAAGAAUGCUGGAUGGCAUUGUGACUGAUGCUAUUGAAGCCAGUUCAAUUGGAUUUAAUCCUGGACAUGUGGAUAUUUACAGUGCGAGCUGGGGCCCUAAUGAUGAUGGGAAGACUGUGGAAGGGCCUGGCCGACUAGCCCAGAAGGCUUUUGAAUACGGUGUCAAACAGGGAAGACAAGGAAAGGGCUCUAUCUUCGUCUGGGCUUCUGGGAAUGGGGGGCGUCAGGGAGAUAACUGUGACUGUGACGGAUACACGGACAGCAUCUACACCAUCUCCAUCAGCAGUGCCUCACAGCAAGGCCUAUCCCCAUGGUAUGCUGAGAAGUGCUCCUCCACCCUGGCCACCUCCUACAGCAGCGGGGAUUACACCGACCAGCGAAUUACGAGCGCUGACCUGCACAAUGACUGCACCGAGACCCACACGGGCACCUCGGCCUCUGCACCCCUGGCUGCUGGCAUCUUCGCCCUGGCCCUGGAAGCAAAUCCAAACCUCACCUGGCGAGAUAUGCAGCACUUGGUUGUCUGGACCUCUGAGUAUGACCCACUGGCCAAUAACCCUGGCUGGAAAAAGAAUGGAGCAGGCUUGAUGGUGAAUAGUCGAUUUGGAUUCGGGUUGCUAAAUGCCAAAGCUCUGGUGGAUUUAGCUGAUCCCAGAACCUGGAACAGUGUGCCUGAGAAGAAAGAGUGUGUUGUAAAGGACAAUGACUUUGAGCCCAGAGCCCUGAAAGCUAACGGAGAAGUUAUCAUUGAAAUUCCAACAAGAGCUUGUGAAGGACAAGAAAAUGCUAUCAAGUCACUGGAACAUGUGCAAUUUGAAGCAACAAUUGAAUAUUCCCGCAGAGGAGACCUUCAUGUCACCCUCAUUUCUGCUGCUGGAACCAGCACUGUACUGUUGGCUGAGAGAGAGCGGGAUACAUCUUCUAAUGGCUUUAAGAAUUGGGACUUCAUGUCUGUUCACACGUGGGGAGAGAAUCCCAUAGGCACUUGGACUUUGCGAAUUACAGACAUGUCUGGAAGAAUGCAAAAUGAAGGAAGAAUCGUGAACUGGAAGUUGAUUCUGCAUGGGACCUCUUCUCAGCCAGAACACAUGAAACAGCCUCGGGUGUACACAUCCUACAACACUGUUCAGAACGACCGAAGAGGGGUGGAGAAGGUGGUGGAUUCAGGGGAGGAGCAGCCCACACAAGAGAACCUGGAUGAGAACCCUCUGACAUCCAAAAGCCCCAGCAGUGGCAAUGUGGGGGGCAGAAGGGCUGAACUGGCAGAGGCACCCCCUUCCGAGGCCAUGCUGCGACUCCUACAAAGCGCUUUCAGCAAAAACUUCCCCCCAAAGCAAUCACCAAAGAAGUCUCCAAGUGCGAAGCUCAACAUCCCUUAUGAAAGUUUCUACGAAGCCCUGGAAAAGCUGAACAAGCCUUCCCAGCUUAAAGACUCUGAGGACAGUCUGUAUAACGACUAUGUCGAUGUUUUCUAUAACACGAAACCUUACAAGCACAGGGACGACCGGCUGCUGCAAGCUCUGGUGGACAUUCUGCGGGAGGACAGUUAAAACGAGUGUGUGGUCCUAAGUUGGAAAUAUUCACGCUUCUUCCUUCCCCUUAGAUUCUGCCUGUGUCUGAAGUGGUUGUUUUGUCACCGAUUCUUAUGUCUAUAAUAUCUUUCAUGGUACUUUUUCUUUUUCUCCCCAAAAUGGAUAUUAGAAAGCUAUGAGCUCAAGGAGUAAAUCCAACUUCCUGAAUUGAUUAUAGCUCCCAAAACAUGUCUUCCCUGCCUGCACAAGUCAAAUGUUUUGUUCUUUCUGGAACCAGAGUUCACAUGUGGUCCUCGAGAAUGACUCCUUGGACCCUCUCAUUUCAUUUCUCAAAAGAAAAGGAAUAACCUGGGCAGUGGAUUAAUUUGAAAAAGUAAUCUGCAAAAAAAUGAGAGGAAGGAAGACUGUUCUCAUAGCUUAUCCCCGUCUUUGCCAUGUGGUUCUUCAAAUUUUGAUGCCAAAGAAGGGUUUGGAAAGUCUCUAUGAAAGAGUUCACAAGCAGACUCAUGCCCUGGGCUUUUCUAUGCCCAAGUACUGCUCAUUUAGGAAGUGGCCACUAGGUAGGUUAUUUUGCAGAGAGGCUGGGUUAUUUAGAUCCUGAAACAGGCCUCAAUGCCUGCAUUAUCUGGUUUGAGCAGUUUUAGAACAUUCUUCUGCACUUAGUGUGCCAUGGACGGGCCUCCAUGGACCUCAAGGUGACUGUGACUUGUGCUGUGACCUAUGCUGUGACCUCUGGCCUUCCUCUCCCCCCAGUACCUUCUCCUUUCUCAGCCACAAAUCAAAUACUGAGGGAGCUAUUUAUACCACUUUCCUAGAACAAACAUACACUUGGGACUUGGCAAAUUCCUAGUCAUAAUUUUUUUAAUGGUUAUAAUAUGAAGCCACUUAUAAGAUGGAGAACCAGUGUAAUCAAAGGAAAAUAUUCAUAGUAGGGAGAGCCAAUGUAGGGUUUUCUUGUGUUUUUACCUAUAUUCAUCAGAACAGGUUUUUCUGGAUUUUUGAAACGGAGUGUUCAUUCCUUGGCACUAAAGGCCCUUCUCCAAUCUUACAGAUGAUAGUGUCCAAAUUCUCACCAAAUUGCUUGUAAGCUUCAACUCAGAGGACAGAAGCUGGCUACCCAUAGGCAGCAUGUGUCCCUCAGGUAGAUUUUGUUCAGCAUCUUAAAUAUUUUAAAAGUGUGAGUAAUUAUUGAAAAUAUCAUAGUUCACUUAAAACCUGAUUCUUAGAACCAUCUUCACUCAUGGCAACAGCUGGCUGGAGGUGAGUAGUAGCUGCCCAAAUAUACCUGAACACCAUGUCCCUGUGGUAGCCUGUUCCGUGCUGCUUACAGUGGCCACCUUAGGGGUCAGCAUUCUAGGCAUUUGAUUUUCCCCACUCCUGCACUAAAAGAACACGUACAAAGUGUUAAGCGCAUUAGGAAAAACAUAUCCCUGGCUUCUUUCAGGCUUCUUUCAGGAUCUCUACAAUAAUCAAAAGUUACAAGAAUUUUUCAUGACCAAAUUAAUUUACAGGAAAAAAAUGGUAUUUCAGAUCUCUGAAAAUACCUCUGAAAUCUUGUUUGACUUACGUGUUUAAUCAAUGUUCAUUUAUACUAGUUCAUUAAUUGCCAACCCCCUAGCUCCCCACUCUAUAUGCUCACAAAGGUUUCCAUCACCUGCAGUCCUGGCAUUCUCCCACAGAAUUUGCUGUCCGCAAUUCUUCCACAAAGUUUGAACUUCAAGAGGCCACACAUUGACAAGACCAGGAAAAAGACUACACUGAACUACAUCAGGAAGAGAACACGAGGGUCUGUUACUCGCUCUAGUUUAAAGUGUAUUUGGUAAGACAAAUUUUCACCCCCUAGCCUACCAUUUGAAUUUGUGCAGAAUGAGGGCAUUUCCAGAACAAUACCCAUGAUGCUUUGAGGAUGUUUCCCCCAAAGAACUGCAGUAUCACUGCGUCCUUGGAAAUAUCACAUAUUGUUUGAUACACAGUGUUGGACAGAAUUUUGAAAUUUGCAGCACAUCAUAAAGUAGUAAAUAGAGCUGAAAAGGACCAGAGAGUUACAAAAAAUUUCAACUUAAAAAGAGCUAAGGUCCAGCGAGCCCAAUAAAAAUUAAUAAAUGAAAAUUUAGCCUUUCCUCAUUCUUAAUCUAGUACAAAUUGUAUGAUGCUUUCUUUUUCAUUUUUCUAACAGUAUCUUUUCCUGGUUAAAACCCCAACCAGCUCAUUGGAUUGUAGCCAAAGGUUCACUCUAGAGAAGCUUUAAAUAAAGUCAUGUUUGAAUGUUUCCAACCUGGAAUAUAUUGUUCAGACAUAAAAUAUUUUUGUCAGCCUUUCUUAGUGCUUGUGUGGAUUUUUGUGAAAAUGUAAAAGAAGAAACUUAUAUGGUAUUUCCCUUGGAAUUUUAAACUAUAUUUUCUUUACAGGUAUUUAUAAUGCUUUUAUCAAGCAGAAUUUUAAAAGGCAUAAUAAAUUAUAUUAAAAACCAAAAUUUUCCUGAGAAUAAGAAAGUUUCAUCCAAUAAAAUAUUUUUGAAAGGCAUGUUCCUCUGCCAGU